CUCCCCUUCCUCUCAAAUUCUCCUUCCCGAUGAGAGAGAAAAAUGGCAGAUGCCAAUGCAAAAAAGAUUAUUACAGAAGAAAGAGAAAACAAAAUCAGAAGAGAGAGAAAGACUCAGAAACAAACAGAGUGAAGUUGAAGUCUCUCUACGGCCCCUCUUUAAGUAAGAUAGCGAACUCUCACCUUUUCUUCUUAUCAUUUCAUUUACUUCCCCUCUCUCUCUCUCUCCAUCGUUUCCAUCUAUAUCAUCAAAUCCGCCAUUUUAGACCAAGUUCUUUCUCAUAAACAAUUCAAUGGAAGAAUUCGAUAUCGAAAAUCCUCUCAGCCUACAUCUAAACGACCAAAUCUCAUCCCUAUUUGAAAUCGAAUCAGAUCAUAUCCCAUCUCAUAACUAUUCACAAAUUCUUAAAACCACUUCUGUUCGUCGUGAAUCAAUCUCUCUCAUUUCCCAUUACUGUUCUAAUUUCACCCCUUAUCUUUCUUAUCUCGCCAUUACUUAUCUCGACCGUUUUCUCUCCAAUCAAGGCAUUCCGGAAAGUAAGCCAUGGGUAUCUCGAAUUCUUGCUGUUUCAUGUGUUUCUUUGGCAUUGAAGAUGAGAAAAACAGAGUCUUCCGCCAUUGAUAUCCAGAAUGAUAAUGGAGGAGGGGUUAUAUUCGACACAGAAACGAUUCAUCGGAUGGAAUUAUUAAUCCUCGGAGUUCUCAAAUGGAGAAUGCGUUCUAUAACCCCAUUCUCUUUCAUUAACUUCUUCAUAUCAUUCUUCAAAUUGAUGGAUCCUUCUUUCACACAGUCACUAAAAACUCGAGCAAAUGAUAUCAUCAUGAAAGCUCAAAAAAAUGACAUGAAUUAUACAUUAGAGUAUAAACCAUCUAUAAUGGCGGCCUCAGCUCUUCUUUCCUCCUGUCAUGAACUAUUUCCAUUGCAAUUUUCCUGUUUCAAGAAUGCCAUUUCUAACUGUUCAUAUGUGAAUCAGGAAGAGCUUUAUAGAUGUUUUGAUUUAGUGAAAGAGAUUGCUAUGGAGGAAUAUGAAUGUGUUAUGGAUAGGGUUUGUAGGUCGAGAUUAACGCCGGUGAAUGUUCUUGAUGAGCAAUGGUGGAGCUUGAGUAGCUCCGAUGAGAUGACGGUGAUCGUCGGCGGCGACGGAGGUGGAAGUGAAACAGUAAUGAAACGUAGAAAGACCGGCGGCAGUGGGUUGGGAAAUGAUAAGUCAUUUCAGCUUUCAGAGAUUCAACAGUUCUGAGUGGGGAAUAGCUGGUCAAAGCCUUCAAUUUUCAUUAUUAUUAUUAUUAGUUGUUGGUACUGUAGAUUUUUAAAAGAAAAUUUUAAAUUAUUAUUAAAACUAAUAGUAGUAUAUUAAACUUUGUUAUCUUAUUUUAUUUUUCAACAAAUUUAUAAGUUUACUUUAUUU